AUGGUUGGUAGCUCGUCAUUCAAUUUUGCAUACAUAUUAACCAUUGGAGAACACAUUGAGAAUGGGAUGAAAACCGGAAAGAGUGCUAGUGUUGAUAGCCAGACAGUGGCCAAACAAUCUCAGGGUUUUGCUAAGAAGAAAGAGGUUGUGGCAAGUGUUGUGAUGUAUUCUGAUGAAUUUCGGAAGUCAAAGGGUCUCAUCUUGGUUACUUCGGAUGUAUCUGCAUGUGGAGUUGAUUAUCCAGAUGUUACUCUUGUUGUACAGGUUGGUCUACCGGCUGAUAGAGAACAAUAUAUACAUCGACUAGGUAGAACGGGGCGAAGAGGAAAAGAAGGGCAGGGCAUACUGCUACUAGCUCCUUGGGAAGAGUUCUUUUUAGCUACUGCAAAAGAUUUACCUAUUGGGAAAGCUCCGGUCCCUUCAGUUGAUCUUGACACUAAGAAAAAGGUGGAAAGGGCUCUAUCCAAUGUGGAGAUGAAAAAUAAAGAAGCAGCAUAUCAGGCAUGGCUUGGUUACUACAACUCUAACAAGAAAGUGGGGAAAGAUAAGUAUAGGUUAGUGGAGCUUGUAAAUGAGUUCAGUCGAUGCAUGGGGCUUGAUAGCCCUCCAGCUAUUCCUAAGCUUGUCCUUGGCAAGAUGGGUCUUAAAAAUAUCCCUGGUUUACGUUCCAAAUAGGUUUCCAUUCAAUUUCUGAUAACAGUCUUGUGAAAGAGAGAAAUGUUCUUGAUUUGAAAUGCCCCCACUUAUAGUUUGAUUUUAAGACUUGAAACUUCUAAAUUUCAACUAUCAUAGUAAUUUUUUCUGUAUAUUUUGUACUUCUAGAUGAAUUAUCAUUUAACAAGUACUGCAGAAACUUCAGUGCCAGAUGAAUUUGUACUGUAAAUCACUGAUGCAAACUGUCUAAAAUAGAUAUUCAAUCAUUAGUUUAUGAUUUAAAACAUAUACCUCGAAUUGUUUUAU